AUGAGGGUGGUGGUGGAGAUUUUGACAGGAACCCUUUUCUACAUUCAAGUGGGCAAUGAUGCCACGGUUGCAGAUCUUAAGAAAGAGAUUGAGGCACAGCAGAAACUACCUCAAGAUCGUUUGAUCCUGUUUCUCAGUAACAAACGAAGUCACCUGAUAAAUGAAGAAGUAGAUGGGGCAGCUUUAGUUGAUUGUGGGGUUCAAGAUGGAUCUCAUAUCUACCUCUUCUUCGAUCCGGUUGAUCAUCAUGAUGAAUCUACUGAUCACUUGGUUUUCACCUGGCCUCAUUCUUUCUUGGAGCAGGCAUAG